AUGAUACUAAGCUUCUUCGAUCAAUUUGCAAGCCCAAAUUAUAUAGGAAUUCCUUUAAUUGCUCUAGCGAUUGUUCUUCCAUGAAUUCUCUUCCCUACCCCAACCUCCCGAUGAUUAAACAACCGCCUUCUUACUCUUCAGGGGUGAUUUAUUAACCGUGUUAGUCAACAAAUCUUCCUCCCUAUCAACCCCGGAGGUCAUAAGUGAGCUAUACUAUUUACAUCCCUGCUAGUAUUCCUUAUUACCAUCAACAUGCUAGGACUUCUGCCGUACACGUUUACUCCGACUACACAACUGUCUCUAAAUAUAGCAUUCGCAGUGCCCCUAUGACUAGCUACUGUAAUUAUUGGCAUGCGAAAUCAACCAACCGCAGCACUAGGACACCUGCUCCCAGAAGGCACUCCCGGCCCUCUAAUUCCUGUUCUUAUUGUUAUCGAAACUAUUAGUUUAUUUAUUCGACCUCUUGCGCUUGGCGUCCGACUUACAGCCAACCUCACAGCAGGUCACCUGCUGAUUCAACUUAUUGCAACUGGAGCAUUUGUCCUUCUACCUAUUAUGCCUACCGUCGCCAUUCUUACAGCCACAGUGCUCUUCCUCUUAACCCUAUUAGAAGUAGCUGUUGCAAUGAUUCAAGCGUAUGUCUUCGUACUUCUGCUUAGCCUCUAUCUACAAGAGAACGUCUA